UAUGGGAAAGUCUAGUUAAGUUUUUAAUAACUUCAUUAUAUUUGGUGUGUUGUGGCGGCUCUUACUUUUUAACGAUCUUUGGCGCAGACUGAAAUGGGCGGAGUCAAGCGGGAGCAUAAUCAAUAUGGCCUCCUUCACAGAGAGGAUGGCAUCUGCCUUCAUACUGUGGCUGGCUGUGUGCCUCAGUGGGUCGUGGGCUGUGGACAGGGGCAACUUUAAGACCUGUGAUCAGAGUGCCUUCUGCAAGCGUCAGCGAGCCUUGAAGCCCGCUGAGUCUCCAUAUCGAGCCCUUCUGGAGACCAUGGAGCUGACCAACACUAGACUCACCCUGCAACUCAUCAAUGACAACAACAAGGUGCGUCUACUGCUUGAGCUCUACCGUCUCCAGGGAAACAUCACAAGGGUGAAGAUUAAUGAGCUGAAGCCACUAAAGCCUCGCUAUGAGGUCCCAGACGUGCUCAUCAGGGAGCCACCUACUGAGCCCCUGUCUCUGUUGUCUCAGGAUGAGAAUGGGGUGGUGCUGUCCCUGGGGGCAGAGUCUCAGAGGGUUAUUGUUAGCGCCCGUCCCUUCCGACUGGACAUCAUGGAAGGACGUGAAGUGCUGAUGUCACUGAACUCGCGUGGCUUGCUAGCUUUUGAGCACCUGAGGAUGCGCAAGGACACUUUCUCCUAUAAAGUAACUAGCACAGUGGCUAGUGUGUGGGAUAAUAUCAAGAGGGUAUUCUCUAGUCAAGCUGAGCCGGAAGCUGAGAAUAAAGAAGAGGCUGAUCCAACUAACCAAGCUGAGGUGGCAAAAGAAGAAGACGAGAAAGUAGAUGAUGGGAUGUGGGAGGAAACCUUUAAAUCACACUCAGACAGCAAACCUAAUGGCCCAUCUGCUGUAAGUUUAGACUUUUCACUGCCAGGGGUGGAGCAUGUAUAUGGCAUCCCAGAACAUGCAGACACCCUCAGGCUCAAAACAACAGAUAAUGGAGAUCCAUAUCGGCUCUACAACCUGGAUGUGUUCCAGUAUGAGCUGUAUAAUCCCAUGGCACUGUAUGGGGCUGUUCCUGUUAUGUUGGCCCACAACGCCCAGCGGACCACUGGCAUCUUCUGGCUCAAUGCUGCUGAAACCUGGGUGGACAUCAGCUCCAACACAGCUGGAAAGACCGUGUUUGGGAAAAUGCUGGAUUAUGUUCAGGGCUCCAGUGAGACACCACAGACGGAUGUGCGUUGGAUAUCUGAAAGUGGCAUCAUCGACGUCUUCAUUAUGCUUGGACCAACAGCCAAAGAUGUUUUCUCUCAGUACGCCUCCCUUACAGGCACCCAGUCUUUUCCUCCCCUGUCUUCCCUGGCUUACCACCAGUGCCGCUGGAACUAUAAUGACCAAGAAGAUGUGAAAGCGGUCGAUAUGGGCUUUGAUGAGCACGACAUCCCCUAUGACUUCAUCUGGCUUGAUAUUGAGCACACGGAUGGGAAGCGCUACUUCACCUGGGAUCCGCACAAGUUUGCGACACCAAAGGAAAUGCUGCAGGGUCUCGUGGACAAGAAACGCAAGAUGGUGGCCAUUGUGGACCCUCAUAUCAAAGUAGACAGCAGCUACAAGAUCCAUAAUGAAAUCCGUUCUCGGGGUUACUAUAUCAAGAAUAAAGAUGGUGGGGACUAUGAGGGCUGGUGCUGGCCUGGUAGUGCCGGUUAUCCAGACUUCACCCGUGCAGACAUGAGGUCCUGGUGGGCCAGCAUGUUUGCCUAUGAUCAGUAUGAGGGCUCUAUGGAGAACCUUUACACAUGGAAUGAUAUGAAUGAACCAUCGGUCUUCAAUGGGCCUGAGGUCACUAUGCACAAGGAUGCAACACAUGGAGACUGGGAACACCGAGAUGUGCACAACCUCUAUGGCUUCUAUGUGCAAAUGGCCACAGCGGAAGGUCAGAUCCAGCGAUCCGGAGGGGUUGAGCGGCCGUUUGUCCUGACCAGAGCCUUCUUUGCAGGGUCACAGCGCUAUGGUGCUGUGUGGACAGGAGACAACGCAGCUGAGUGGGACCAUCUGAAGAUCUCUAUCCCCAUGUGUCUGAGUCUGGGUUUGGUUGGAAUCUCUUUCUGUGGUGCUGACGUUGGUGGCUUUUUCAAGACGCCCAGCAGCGAGUUGCUUGUGCGUUGGUACCAGACAGGGGCGUAUCAGCCAUUCUUCAGAGCCCAUGCCCACCUGGACACACCUCGCCGUGAGCCUUGGCUGUUUGGUCCUGAAAACACUGCAUUGAUCCGUGAGGCUGUGCGCCAACGCUACACCCUACUACCCUACUGGUACCUGCAGUUCUACCAUACACACCGCACUGGAGAGCCUGUCAUGAGACCUCUGUGGGUGGAGUAUCCUCAGGAUCCUGCUACUUUCGCACUUGAUGACGAGUUUCUGAUUGGGAGAGACUUGUUAGUGCACCCAGUUACUGAGGAAGGAGCCCGGGGAGUCACCGCCUACCUGCCUGGUAAAAACGAGGUCUGGUUUGAUGUCAACACCUUCCAGAAGCACAACGGGGCCCAGAACCUUUACAUUCCUGUCACCAUGAAUACUAUCCCUGUUUUCCAGCGUGGUGGCUCCAUUAUUCCCAGGAAGCUUAGAGUCCGCAGGUCCUCCACCUGCAUGGAGCAUGAUCCCUAUACUCUAUAUGUGGCUCUUAAUCCCCAGAGAACUGCCGAAGGUGAGCUCUACAUAGACGACGGCCACACAUUCAACUAUGAAAAGAAGGAAUUCGUCCACAGGAGGCUGUCGUUUGUCAGCAACAUUCUCUCUUCUGUUGACUUGGCUCCAGAUGCCCAAUUUACUACCCCAUCCUGGAUUGAACGUGUUGUAAUACUGGGAGCUAGUAAGCCCAGCAAGGUUACCCUUAAAACUGCUGAUGGUCAGGAGAGCCAGCUUGAAUUCGACUUUGACUCCUCCAUGUCUGUGUUGACGCUUCGCAAGCCCGGCAUGAAUGCAGGGGCAGACUGGACUGUGACUCUGAAAUAAAGACGGAGAUGGAGAGGAGAAAUUGACUGAAAAGAAGAGGAGGGAGGGAGGGAAGGCACCGAUACCAGGUUAACAACAGAUGGACGACAGGAUAACCACCAUGGAAAACAAGGACAAACACAGUUAACAUUUCUACACACACACACACAAACACACACACACACACACAUACACACACACACGGAUUUAGACCUGUUGGUUAUAACGUUUUUGCCAUGUCCCUCUUCCUUCUUUUCUGUCAGACUAUAAUGCCUAACAGAAAAGGUUACUAGUAGAUAGAUAAUUUGUUUGUGAUAUUUUUUCAGAAUGAUAACAACUGAGCAACCAGAAUUGGGUCCUUGUAAUUAAUAUUUCGGGUUAAGAAAGAAAACAUUCUAGCACUUUUUCUCUUUUAUAUUAUGUUUCCAUCCAGUCAAUCUCAGAAUGAAAAUCACUGUGGCAGGGAUUAUUUGCCAUUUAAACUAUAAAGGUUGACACACUUGCUCCACCUGCUGGUGAUUCCCUUGAUUUGUUUUUGAAUUGAUACUGCUCAUACAUUCAUUCCACUUUGCUUUUUUAAAUUAUGGGGCUUGAACACCAACAGUCUUUCUUAUGGCUCUACACAAGCAGUGUUUUUUCCCCUUAAAUGUUCUGAAUAAUAUAAGUUUAAAAAACAAAACAAAAAAACCUUACCUUCUGACCAAUUCCGACCACUUCAUUCAUUGUUUAGCCUCUCCCUGAAUUCCUCAAUGAACAUUUUGUGUGCAUGGAAAUCACUUGUCAUCAUCUCUUUACUUGAUCAGGUCAUUCAGCUGCUGCACUGUGGGGAAUUUCAGGUGUGGCAGUGGGAAUUGUUGCAGAGAACUGAACCACUGAUUGUGUGGAUCACACCAUUUUUUUUGUAGCUUUUUCUUGUUCACUAGAAUAUUUUAAUGCACUUGAAGAGUAAAAACUUAAACAUUGUAUAGAUUUUCAUGUGUUUUUUUGAUGUUGGAAUUCUAAUCCUUAAAAUGUAUGUCUCUUGCAAGUAUCAGUUUAUAACCUUCUGAUUUACAUGAAAAUCAAACCUAAAUACACACUGAGCACUCGUAAAUAUUCAAAUGAUUAUUUAGAGACUCCAGUUUGUCCCAUCUAGUCAAAUGAUCUGUCCAUUAUAGAGAUUUCAUAUAAUGUGUUGCUACAGUCUUGUUGGUGAUGGCUUGAACUGGCGGAUACUGAAGUGAAGGAACAGAUAUCAUAUGUACUUUAAAAGAUGAGACAAAGUGAAAAUAAAGUUGACCAAAUGUGAAUUUAA